AUGUGCUGUGCUAGGGAUCGUGAACAAUACCUUGAACCAAUUGAACUUACAGAAGAGGAGAAAAAGAACAUUGCAAAGAGUUUGAUAGACUUACGGAACAAUAUUGCACUUGGUAUGGCGAUGAUAAAUUUACUAUGGAUUGCCAUCAACUUUAUGUUUCAGUUACAAAGUCCGACGACCAUACCGUUGCCAUUUUCUGGAUCGUCUGACAAUCCUGAAAGUCCUGAGUACUUGGAGGAAAACCAAAAAGAUACCGAUAUGAGUGCAUCAGACCCAACAAUAUCAUUAAAAGUUGGUGUGACAGCAAAACGGUCUAAUGUUGAUUCCGAUAAAGCUAGGGAAUUUAUAGAAAAAAUAAUUGCAGAUUGUUCUGAUGACAACGAGGACGACGACGAUGAAAAAGAAACAAAAAACGAACUGCAGGUUUUACAGAGAACUGGGUCAAGGUACCGUGUAACUGAAACAAAAAAUGGUUUAAGCGCAACUUCACGGCGUUUGGAUGACACAAUGCCUGAUAUAGGUAGAUCACAAAGCGUCAGAAUUAUAACAGAUAGUAUAGAUGGUCUUCAGGCGACUAAGAGAGAGCAUCCAAAAAGUGACGAAUUGAGAUUGAACUUGCAACAUGAAGCACGUAGGGCAACAGAUGAAAAUAUAAAAGAACCUCCCCCAACAGUAAAGAGAAGGCGGUUAAACCUAGAAGCAGGAAGAUCAGAGCUUGCAUCUAGAUUACAGGAAAUUAAUCCUUCAACUAUGAAAUUCUUUCUUGACGUACCUCAGAAUAAACAGAGGGACGAGGGUGACGAAAUAUAUGAACAAAUAGGAUCUAAAGGUAAAGUGGGCCGUCAACUUAGCAAAGGACUUAGACAUUUUUUAGCGCAGAGAAAGAACCCAGAUGACACUGGACGUGCAAAUGGAACAAUGGAACAUCGUGUCGAUUUACCAGAAGACCAGAAUCAAUGCUCUAUUGAAGAAACAACAUAAAAUACAGCACUUUAAAAGAAGUAACAAGACACCUACUUCUGAUGAACAAUUUGAGUAUACCAAGAUGAUCCGCAGUGUUUUUAAAAUUGGAAUAAACAUGACAUUUGACAAAGUACCAUAAAAUAAAGAUAUAUAGACAAAUCAAACUACAUAUUAAUGCUAAUCAAAAACGUACUCUGAAUCAAAAAUAGUCUUGAAUCAUUGAUUUAGGAUAAAUUUUCUUUACUAAUGUUUUUUUUAUCAAAAAUAUAGAUUUUAUUGCAUAGGUAUCAACUGCACCUUGGACAAUCACCACAUUUUAUAAGCUUGUAUAUAUGUUGUAAAAAUCUGGGACAAAACCUUAUUGACAAAUGGUUGACUGAACAUUUGAAUAAACUGUUAUCAAAUCAUUAAUUUUUGGUAAGAAUUUAUGUUAUCAUAUAUAUUUAUUUGCAGUGGAAAAAAAUCAAAAUAUAUUUGUUACUUAUGUUAUACGUGUACUUGUUCUUUUUUUAAAACUUUUUCUCUUUUUAAUUUUACAAAGUGUAUAGCUAUAUGGCAAUGUUGCUUUUAUUUGAUAUGAUUAUCUAAUAAUAUUAAUUUAUUUGUUUUGCUUGAUAUAUGUAAAUUAUGUUUUAUAUAUAUAUUGAAGUGAUGUCUCAAACGUGGAUUUUUAAAUCCAAUUGCAAAUUUAUCUCGACGAGUUGCAUACGAAA